GAAAUGUCCCUGCACUGAAAGGAGCGGAAGGAGAAGAGAGAAGAGUGAGCAGAGAGAUUGAGAGAGAGAGAGAGAGAGAGAGAGAGAGAGAUAGACGGAGAUCUCUGGAGCAGACCUCAAGGUGACUUCCAUUUCUAUCUGGUUCACGUCUGGGGGGGCCCUGGCCGGGCAGCCCCCCCACAUCUCUCCUGCCCUGAAACACGGCUCUAGCCAACCUGCUCCGCUGCUUCGCCUGCGACCGUCUGUGCGGGAGCUGCGCGGCACCAGCCCCUCCCGCCCGCCAGGGCGUCGCCCUCCGGCCCGUCAUGCCCAGCUGCGACCCUGGCCCGGCCCCUGCCUGCCUCCCCGCCAAGACUUUCCGCAGCUACCUGCCCCGCUGCCACCGCACCUACAGCUGCGUCCACUGCCGUGCACACCUGGCCAAACACGAUGAGCUUAUUUCCAAGUCCUUCCAAGGGAGCCACGGCCGAGCCUACCUGUUUAACUCCGUGGUCAACGUGGGCUGCGGGCCAGCUGAGCAGCGUCUCCUGCUCACGGGGCUCCACUCGGUAGCUGAUAUCUUCUGCGAGAGCUGCAAAACCACCCUCGGCUGGAAAUAUGAACAAGCUUUUGAGACGAGCCAGAAGUACAAAGAAGGGAAGUACAUCAUUGAAAUGUCACACAUGGUGAAGGACAACGGCUGGGACUGAGGGGCUCCGGCAGGCUGUGCCCUUCCUCCGCAUGCCCCACCCUCCC